AUGUCGUUGGCAGCGGGAGCCAAGGCGCUAAGUGCAAUCGAGUUUCUCCGUCUUUGUGGACGUCUCAAGACUUUAAAACGCACUGGAUGGGUCAAUAACAACGUGACGCUGCCCGAGUCUGUAGCUGACCAUAUGUACCGCAUGGGAAUGUGCUGCAUGCUACUAGAAGAUGCGAAUGAGACUAUCAAUCGCUCCAAAUGUCUCAAGAUGGCCAUUGUGCAUGACUUGGCAGAAUCACUCGUGGGAGACAUCACGCCUUACGAUGGUGUUGCUCAAGAGGAUAAGCAUCGCAUGGAGAAGGAGGCCCUGGACGAAAUUUGCAGCGCUUUGGGUGACACGUCAUCGGCUACCGAGAUCCGUGCGCUCUGGAAUGAGUACGAAGAGGGAUCAUCCGAAGAGGCGAAAAUCGUCAAGGACUUUGACAAAUUCGAGAUGAUCUUACAAGCUGACGACUACGAGAAAGCCCACGACAUCUCGCUCGGAGACUUUUUCCAGAGCACGAAUGGAAAGUUCCGCACGCCACUAGUUCAGUCCUGGGCCGCGGAGCUUUCUUUGCAGCGCAAUGCCCGUCUCAAGAACAAGGAGCUGUCAAGUAUACCUGAGACAUAA